UUCGGCGGCCAUACCGGCGGCGGCCCCCUGCCCCCGCUCCUCCUUUUUAUUCGCCGCUCCUCUCCACCGGCCAGCGCCAAACCUAGAGUUGACCACAAGAGUCCCUCAGAGAAAAAAAGAGUUGACAACCAGAGACCGGUGGCCAGGCUUUGCAGAUGGAGAGGGUUGACGGAGGAGCAGGGCUGGGUGCGCGUGGGUCUGCGGCGGCGAUGCUGGGCAUGGAGAUGCACCUCGUCCACCAGCCGCAGCCGCAGAUCCACGCGGCCUCCUCGUUCCAGCAGCCGCCGGAGCACCUCCACCAUGCCAACGGCGGCGGUGGCGGCGGCUUCCAGGUCCAGCACCACCAGGCCAUGCCGGUGAGGCAGCAGCACCCGCAGCCGCCGUACGCGGCUUACGUGGCGCCGCCGUCGAGGGCGGUCAAGGCGCAUGAAGAGGAGGAGAUGGGCAACGUCGUCGGGAAUGGCGGCGGCGUCGUGCAGCAGCCGAGGGCGGGGGCGGGGGCGGGGACCGCGGGGUGCCCGUGGUCCCGGAUGAAGUGGACGGACGCGAUGGUGCGUCUGCUCAUCGCGGUGGUGUACAACGCCGGGGACGACGGGGAGGGCGUGUCUGCCGGAGGCAAGGCGGCGGCGUCGCACUCGCACGGGAAGGCGGGGGCGUCUGCGGCGGCGGCGCACGGAGGGCACGGGCCGCAGGCGGCGGCGCAGCAGAAGAAGGGUAAGUGGAAGUCCGUGUCCCGGGCGAUGAUGGAGAACGGCUUCGCGGUGUCGCCGCAGCAGUGCGAGGACAAGUUCAACGACCUCAACAAGCGCUACAAGCGAGUCGUCGACCUGCUCGGCCGCGGCACGGCGUGCAAGGUGGUCGAGAACCCCACGCUGCUCGACGCCAUGGGCGAGCUCACCGCCAAGGCCAAGGAGGAGGCGCGCAAGCUGCUCAGCUCCAAGCACCUCUUCUUCCGCGAGAUGUGCACCUACCACAACCCCCCCGGCGCCGCCGCAGCAACCUCGCACGGCACCGACGACGGAGCGGCCUGCUUCCACCACCCGCAACCGGCGGCAGUGCCCGGCGCUGCCAACUCGUCCGCCGGCCGCCAGGUUGUGGCGAUGGUGAAUUCCUCCACGCGUUCUGAGGACGACAGCGAGGACGACGUCCUCAGCAGCAAAGAGGCUGAAGAGGAGGAGGACGACGACGACUACGACCUGGACGACGUGGAGGAGAAGGCGCCGGGCACCAACCGCCGCGGGGGCCGCGUCGACGACAGUAAUGUUUUCCACAACUACGGCGGGCACAAGAACAAGCGCCGUCGCGGCGAGAGCAGUGCUGCUGCGGCCGGGGAAGACGGAGAAGAGGACGGGAACAAGCACGCCCGCAGGAGGUCGUGCACCAUGCAGGAGCUGCAGCGCGAGCUGGCCGCGGCGGAGGCCGGCGGCGACCAGCAGCAGCUGCGGCAGUGGAUGCAGCGGCGCGCGCUGGAGCUGGAGAAGCAGCAGCUGGCGUACGAGGUCCGCGAGUACGCGCUGGAGAAGCAGCGCCACAAGUGGGAGCAGUUCAAGGCCACCAAGGAGUGGGACAUGGAGCACGAGCGGCUGCGGAUGGAGCGCCGGCGCGUCGACGGCCAGCGCAUGCUGCUCGUGCUCAAGCAGAAGGAGUUCGACCUGGACCUCGCCGAGGCCUACAACAACUACUCGUCGUCCGUGGACCACCACCCGGGCGCCCAGACCCCACCGCCCGCCGGCUUCCAGCAGCAGCCCGGCUCCAGCCCCUCCACCACAGGGCACCCCAACUAGCUAGGCAGGCAGGGCAGGACACAGGCUGCCAUGCAGGACACCAUGCAUACAUUAGAUUUAGCUUUUCCCUUAGGCCACCAUGCAUACUCCAUUUUUCCUUUUCCUUCGCCAGGAUGCAUUACCUUUUCGCUUUCGAUUCGUUGUAAUCAGCAAUAGCAGUGGAGCAAUAACCUGUAAGAUGUCUAUGGUCUCUUGAGGUGAGAAGCUUCAGAAUUCAGAUGCCUAUGGUCUCUUGUUGAUUUGCCAGGAAUAAUCGUUGUGUCA